AUGAAACGCAACGCCCGGCUGUGGUGCCCCUUCCAGAAGGGCACCUACGAGAUCACCCGGAAGGGCCGGCGGCAGUGCCAGGCCUGCCGCCUGCGCAAGCUCCCGGAGAGCGGCUGGAGGAAAGACGUGAUCAUGUCUGACACGUCGGUGGCGCAGAAGCGGGCCUUGAUCAGGAGGAAGAAGAGGGAACAGAUUGGGACUCAGCCCCCUGGAGCCCAGGGUCUGACUGAAGAGCAGCAGAUGAUGAUCAGGGAGUUGAUAACCGCUCAGAUGAAAACCUCUGAUAGCAUCUUCACGCAUUUCAGGAAUUUCCGGCUGCCAGAGGUGCUUAGCAGUACCCACAAGACGGAGUCUCUGCAGACUCAGUCAAGUGAAGAAGCUGCCAAGUGGAGCAAGAUCAGGGAAGAUCUAUGUUCAGUGAAGGUCUCCCUGCAGCUGCGGGGGGAAGACGGCAGCAUCUGGAACUACAAGCCCCCGGCCGACAAUAGUGGGAAAGAGAUCUCUUCCCUGUUGCCCCACAUGGCUGACACGUCAACCUACAUGUUCAAAGGCAUCAUCAACUUUGCCGAAGUCAUUCUCCUAUUUCAGGUAGGACACAGGGGCCGGGUGGAUGGUGUGGAAAGGAGCAGGAAAUGGCCAACAGGUUCAAAUGGUCUGGGGUAG